AUGCACAUAAAAAACAUACUGAUUUCAGGAUUUCGCUCCUACAGGGAUCAAUCUUUUCAAGUUGACUUGUCACAUAAGAAUAACGUUAUUGUAGGAAAAAAUGGUUCAGGUAAAUCAAAUUUCUUUGCAGCUGUUCAGUUUGUGUUGAGUGAAAAGUAUAGUGCAUUAACGAUAGCUGAACGAAAGGAACUAUUUCAUGUUGGUUCUGGAAGGCCGGCCUUGUCCAUUUUUGUUGAAAUUAUCUUUGAUAACUCUGAUGGCCGUCUUGUUAUUCCUGGACGAGCUGAAGAGAAAGAAGUACGGAUAAGGCGUACUUUGGGACUUAAACAAGACGAAUUUCGAGUAAACGAUCGUCGUUUUACAGCAACAGAGGUAAGACAAUUGUUAGAAAGUGCAGGAUUUUCUUCAAGUAAUCCUUAUUAUAUUGUGGAGCAGGGUAAGAUUGUCAACAUGGCCAAUAUGAGCGAUGAAGAGAGAUGCCAGCUUAUCAAAGAUGUGGCUGGUACAAGAGUUUAUGAAUCGAGACGAAAGGAAAGUGAAGAGAUUUUGCAAGAAACUUCAGUUAAGUACAACAAGGUAGAAGAGUCUAUUGAAGAGCUACAAAAAAGAUUGACAGAACUUGAGGCUGAGACUGCUGAAUUGAAGUUUUUACAAGAAGCUGAGAAGGAAAGAAAGUCUAUUGAAUACUCUAUCUUUUCCUUAGAAUUGACAAAUGCCAAAGAAUGCCUGCAGGGGUUGGAUGAAAAAAGAGGUGAAUAUGUUUCCUCAUUAAGUGAAGAAAGAAGUGCUGAAAACACUACGAAGACCUCUAUUGAAGUGGCGGAAACAGAUGUUCGCAAUUGUUCCAAACGCAUUGCUUAUCUGGAGGGUGAACUGCAGACACUGGAGAAAGAGGCAGCCAAUCUGAAUAGUAAGAAAGCCAUUGCCCAAUUGGAUGCAGCUGAUGCAAAGAACGCUAUAAGUCGUAAUGAAAAGGAACGCAUGGCUCUUCAAAAGGAAGCAGAAAAUUUGGAAAGGAAUGCAGAAACGAUUAAAAGAGACCUGGAAGGAAAACGGAAUCAACUGCAUCAGCAUCAGACGACGACAGAUCUUAAAAGCAGUGCAUUGACCCGUUUGGAAGCAAAACUGGAAACACUUCUUGCUAAGAGAGGUCGAAGGAAACUUUUCAAGACCAAAGAAGAACGUGAUCUGUGGCUUUCUGGAGAAAUAGAACGGAACAGAAAAACUAUAGAUACUCAUAGAAAGGAGAUUGACCGCAUAAGCAAGAGCAUGAAAGAUAUAAAGGAUCGCAUUGACGAAGAAGAUAAACAAAGAAAGGAAAAAGAGAUCGUGACAAAGAAGGUGGACUCGAAAUUGGCUAAUCAUGAAGUUCGAAGGGAAAGGCUCAUAGAAACACGGAAUACUCUGAAUAUGGAGCGAAGAAAUUUAUGGCAAAAAGUCAAUGAACAAGAAAUUAUUGUUCAAAGGUUACACGAUGAGUGGGGCCGUUCAAGACAUCAACUUGAGCGUGCUGUUCGUCAUGAUAUUCGUCAAGGGUUACAAUCUUUAAAAGAGGUGUUACAAGAGCUUGCCGAUGAAAGACUUACCAGGGCAGUUCAUGGUCAAUUGAUUGAACUCAUUAAUGUCGGGAAAGGAUAUGAAACAGCUGUUGAGGUGACUGCAGGUAAUGCACUUUUCAAUGUUGUUAUUGAUUCCUUUGAAAUAAGCGCGAUAAUUCUCGACCAAAUCAAUUAA